GUCUCCUUCGUUUCCGCUGCUGCUCUGCUCUGCUCGGCUCGGCUCGGAUCAUUUCCGGUGGGGAGGUGAAGCUGAUUCCUCCAUUGCUUCCUCGGCAUUCUCUCUCUCUCUCUCUGUGGCGAGCUCUGCUGCUGCUCUCUCCGUCAUUGCCGAGCUGAAGUGAAAGAGGUGACAGUUUUCAUUUCGUGCGUUAAGAGCAGCGGCAGCAGGGGGUUUUCUACUAUGUCAACCCUAAAAGAGAUCCUAACCCGCCGCCCGGUAUCGGCCACGAUCCGCCUGACCGUCCCUGCAGGCGGGGCUCGUCCCGCCCCACCUGUGGGGCCGGCCCUUGGUCAGUACCGGCUCAACCUAAUGGCAUUCUGCAAGGACUUCAAUGCCCGGACCCAGAAGUAUAAGCCCGACACUCCCAUGGCGGUCACAAUCACUGCCUUCAAGGACAACACGUUCGAGUUUACUGUGAAGUCCCCGAGUGUGACUUGGUACCUGAAGAAGGCGGCAGGGAUCGAGUCGGGGAGUAGCAGACCAGGCCAUGCGGUGGCCUCGACCCUGAGCGUGAGGCACAUAUACGAAAUCGCAAAGGUGAAGCAGUCUGAUCCCUACUGUCAGUACAUGUCCUUGGAGUCGAUCUGCAAUUCCAUUAUCGGGACUGCUAAUAGUAUGGGAAUUCAGGUCGUGAAGGUAUUGGAAUGAUUGGAAAAGCAUGACAAGUUUUGAACUUUGACUACUAUCGACAUGAGAUUCAUGAAAGUGAGGUACUUUUGUGAGAUUGUGUUUCGCUCAGGUGCUUCGGUUUCUGACAGCAACAAUGGUGGUUUUGUAGAUGAAUAGAGCAGAGAAUUAGACAUUUGUUGUUCCGUUGCCCGGUUCCCUUGGAAAGAAAAAUAAUGGAAUUGCAUCUUCUUGAUCAUGAUUCUGUUGUCUGGAAAUCAGGAUACUUCCAAGAAGUUCAAUCCCUAUCCUAAUCUUUCUGAAGAUGAUUUCAUACUGUCCUUGGAUGAUCACUUGCCCGUUGAAGCCGCCGACUUAUGUUCAAAUGCAGUCGCAUAUUCAUUGUUUUGCAUGUUUUUUCCCAUUUAGAGAUGGAGCUACUUAAGUCUUGUUCAAGCCUUAAUAAUCUCACUCCAGUUAUGAAUCGAUGUGAUUUCCUUUUGAGCAAAGCUUGACCUUCAUUAGUUAUGACAUUCAGUACUGUCAUUAGUG